AUGCAUCUAAAAAUUAAAUGUUUGAGUGAUGAAGUAAGAGAAUUAUACAAAAAUCAUAAAACAUAUCAUGAAGGGGAUAGUGGGUUAGAUUUAUUUAUUAUUAAGGAUGAAGUGAUAAAGGCUAAAUCAACUACAUUUGUUAAACUAGGUAUAAAAGUAGUAGCUUUACAAUAUAAAUGUGAUUGUUACAAUAAGUGUUGUGAAAAAAAUAAGAAAGACGAUACAAAGAAUGUGAUAAAUACAAGUUUUUUAUUAUUUCCACGUAGUAGUAUAUCUAAGACACCUCUACGAUUGGCUAAUUCAAUUGGUUUAAUAGAUGCAGGGUAUAGAGGAGAAAUAAUUGCUGCUCUUGAUAAUAUUAGUGAAGAUGAUUAUCAUAUUAAAAAAAAUGAUAAACUAGUUCAGUUAGUCUCUUUUACAGGUGAACCCCUUUCCUUUGAAUUAGUUGAUGAACUUGAUGAAACUUCAAGAGGUGAAGGUGGAUUUGGUUCUACUUCAAAUAAUAAAUAA